AGCCCAAACAUAACCAGUCUGUAAAAUAAGUGAAUUUGCAAAUUUUAACUGCGAAAAAGUCACCCACAACAAAAAUUAACCAAAUAAAAAAGCGAAAAGCAAAACAUACCAACAAACACAUCAUAUCAAACCACAAAAAGAACAAUAAAUCAACAAAACAUAAUAAAAAACCAAUAAAGAAAACUUUAACCAAAAUAAAAAAAAAAAACACUUCUAAUCGAAAUCGAAGCAACAAGAAUAGACAAACCUAAAUAGACACCCUAUUGUUGUCUAGGGCUCAGCCAUAAAUCUCUUCUUAGCUUGAUUUGUAUUAGUGUUUGUGCGUGUUUGAAGUCAAAGAGAGUAACAUAAACAGCAGUGUCGAACAGAGUGAAAGUGUCAAACGAAAGCAAACAGAUAGGAAUUCCCGUUUUGUUGUGGCUAAAGAAGAGAACGAAGUGUGAAGUGGUAUUGUAUAUACAAACACCAAUGUUUGUAUGAAUGUGUGAAUACAUGUAACAGAAGCGUGAAGGAAGUGCUUUUCGAAUAUACCCCUCUACCAUUAUUAUGAAUAAAAGCAUAGAAAGUCUUAUACAGCACGACAGCGGCAAUAUGUCCUCGGAGCGUCAAUCAUCCGAGGAUGUACAGGAGUCGACUACAGCAGAAGAUGCUGCCUUGGAUGGUGAUGGUGAUUACACCGAUGAUAAUAAUUUCGAAUCAAAUUUACGUCGUCGCAAGGGCAAGAUAAUCUCCUGCGCCAAGGAGACAAUUGAAAAUGCAUCCCGUCAGCUGAGGCGUAAGGUGCCCUAUGCUGGCCAUUUGAUGACACCACGACGUCUAUGGCUCAACAAAAUACCCACCCAAUGUGAUGUGGUCAUAGAGUUUCCGGAGGAUGCUCCCGAUGAGGCUCUAAGAUGGUUGCUGGCCCGCAUACGUUCCCAACCACCAGCAGGUUUAGGGCUGGUGGUGCAGGUGAAGGCCCAUGAGAGUUCAAGGCGAAAUGCAUUUUAUAUAAGUGCUCCUACAAAUAUACUUUUUCGGGCGGCGGAAGAGGCUCGUUUACCCAAACGUUUGCGUCCCGAUUUGGGGGGUGCCUUAAGAGAAUUCACAACCCGCGAGAGUCAUUGUUUUCAACAAAUCAAAAGCGAUGAUGGCAACACUGCGUUGUUUACCUCCCAGGAACGUCAAUGGCUGGUCUUGCAAGUACUGCAGGGUUUGCGUGCCGGUCAAUCAGAUAUUGAGGCCCUACAAGGUAGGGCAGCUCUGGAGGAGGGUCAAAGCAUAGUGGCCGCCUGGCAGGAAACAGGCUUGAUAACUCAGGUAUUCCCUUUGCAUGAGACAAAAAGUUUGGCUUCGCUGCAAAAGAGUUGGGUCAAGCAAGUAUUGGCUCCCCAGCCCUUGGAUGACAUUGCUGAAUACUUUGGUGUCAAGGUGGCUUUGUAUUUUGCCUGGCUGGGUCAUUACACCUGUGCCUUGGGUGUUCCCGCCGUUUUUGGCACCAUCCUGUAUGCGUUCCUAUGGGGCAAGAACCAAAUGGCCCAGGAUAUGGGUCAUGUUUUAUUCUCAUUGUUUAAUGUCGCCUGGGCUUCGCUGUAUUUGGAGGCAUGGAAGAGAUAUUCAGUGGAGUUGGCAUUUCGUUGGGGUACACUAUCAACACCGCCGGAGCUUUUAGAGCCACCAAGGCCAUUGUAUAAGGGCCCCCUGGUGGAGAACAAUGUUACCGGUCGCUUGGAACCCAAAGAGGCGCCUGCAUGGAAACGACGAGCAUUUCGUUAUCUUGUCAGUUUUCCCAUAAUCGGAUUAUGUUUGCUUUUGGUAUUUGUUGUGAUGUUCCUCAUGUUACGUUUUCAGGAUUGGCUGGAUAAUAAUAAUUUCCCUGAUAGAGGAAUUACUCAAUGCAUGUAUAAUUUGCACAAGGAUUGGUGGGACUCAAAACUACCGGAAAGUGGUGUCCUUUGCUGUUUGAGUGUUAUACCCAAAGUUUUGUUGGCAGGCGCCAUAACGCUUAUGGAUGAGGCUUAUUACAAGUUGGCCGUAUGGUUGAAUGAUAAAGAAAAUUAUCGCUUGCAGUCAAAAUAUGAAAAUCAUUUGAUAGCUAAGGUGGCGCUGUUCCAGUUUGUCAACUCUUUCCUAUCGCUAUUCUAUAUAGCGUUCUAUCUAAGAGAUGAGGAAAAAUUAAAAGAGCAAUUGGCUGGUCUCUUGAUUUCCCGACAAAUUAUCGGUAAUCUUCGAGAAUCCGCCAUACCCUAUGUAGCUGAGCAAGUGCGUCUGGCUAAGCUAAGUUUCAAUAUGUGGGGUGCUCUAAGUCCAACGCAGGAUAAUAAUCGCUCAUUUGCCGAUACUGUAAUGGCAGCCAAGGCUGCUGCUGCAGCAGUGAGUCCCACAUCGCUGUCCUCUGAAUCGGAGAAAACGAAACAACCCAGUGGCACUUCAACACCACAGCCUGGCACACCUUCAAAACAAUUGCCGAAGAAAUCAUCAACCGAUACAGGAUGUUCCACACCCACAACCACGGCUAGUGCUACCAGACGGAAUAUAGGUCAGGCGGAAAUAGAAAGUUCCUUAUAUAAGUACGAUGGCACCUUUUCGGAUCAUUUGGAAAUGCUAGUUCAAAUGGGUUAUGUAGUGCUUUUUUCGGCCGCCUUUCCCCUGGCCGGCAUAUGUGCACUCAUCAACAAUCUCAUGGAGAUACGUUCGGAUGCUUUUAAGCUAGCCCAUGUACAUCAGAGGCCAUUCGGUCAGCGUGUGGCCAACAUAGGAACGUGGCAAAAUGCUUUGAGUCUGUUAUCAUUGGCAGCGGUCAUUGUGAAUUGUGCUCUAAUUGGUUUGUCCGGACAGGUGUCUCGUUUGUGGCCUGGACUAACAACGGCACAAACUAUCAUAUUAAUUGUGACAUUGGAGCACAUAAUGUUGGGCUUACGUUCCGCUUUGACAUGGCUUUUGCCUGAAUUACCAUCAUGGUUGGCCGCAGAGAUAGCACGAGCCGAACAUUGUCGUCGGGAGAUGCAGUGUAAGGGAACUUCACCUAGACCGACACCACCCACACCGCCUAGUACCACCUCCACACAGCCGGACCAUGAUUUGGGUGCUCUGCAUUUGAAUGAUGUCAACAAUAGUGCAUCCCACUCUAAUCAGCAGUCCAUACAAAGGCAAUUGUCCGAGGAUUUGAUGUAUCAACAGGAGCUGCUACUAAAGCAGAGGGAAUAUGAGCCUUAUGUGGAUGAAAUAGCCAGAUUUGGUUUGCAAAGGCAGGCUGAGCCCGAGGCAAAUGUUUUUGAAAAUCGUGACUCCUCACCAGAUUCACCACCCUCACAGACCAGCACGAUUUUAAUACGGCCCUUGCAUGAGUCAACUCCACCCAAUAGUGGAGCCUCCUUGACCAGUCUCAACCAGGAACUGGGGCGUUCCCAUAGUGGCGCAUGUAAAAGUUGUAAGACGAAAAAGAAAAUACCGGAAAUACCCCCAUUUCAUGGAUAUUCAGUUCGUAAUUUAAGCUCCAUACCAAUCCAAAGAUUGCACGCUUUAACGGGAGCUUCUGCAAGUUCCUUGGCCUUAAAUACCCGUCAAUGUAUGAAUCUACCAGAAAUUCCACCCUUCCGCAAGAAAUCCACGGAUUCGGCAGAUCACACAGGCAGCAGUGCCAGCAGUAGUCCUCAACGCACCACCGCCAACUCCAAUCUAAUCAAUGCUAGCGCCUCCGUUUCCGCAUCCCGCCAACAUUUGCCGCUGCAAUCGCAACCCAUAGUUGUGGCCGCUGCCAAUGUGAAUACAGCAACAUCUGCAUCCGCUUCAUCAUCCAAUGCCCACCACCAGCAGCAGCUGCAGCAACAGCAAUCAUCAUUAACAUCAUCCUCAAACGAAAAGAAACCAUUACCCACUAUAUCCAAGAUAUCGGACAUACCUCCAUUCAAUGCCCGCAAAAUAUCCGCAGAGAGUACCAUGAAUUUGAAUAUAACCGAUAACUAUAACCUAAAAUCCCAUGCACCCGAAUGGAUGUCACGUUUAAAAGUCAACGAUAAUGUAAAUCUCCGUAGGAGUAUUGAUUGCAUAUCCAAGGAGCUUAAAAGCCAUUCAGACACUAUGGAUGUAUUAAAGCCCGCUCCUUCCUGGACCAAUGUGGCCAUGAAAACUUCAACAUCACAACAACAGCAAGCGCAGCAUCAACAGCCGCCGCCGCAGUCCUCUUCACUGUCUGCUGCCUCGCCAGGCGCCUCACAACAAACCCAAGUAAUUGCCUCAUCAUCAUCUUCCUCCAGCGGUGGAGCCUCCACAACGCGAGCUGAAUUCUCACGGCCCAGUGUGGGUGCCAUAUCAACAACAUCCACGACAUCACAACAGCAGCAGAAGGACACACAGUCGUCAUCCACGCAGCAAAAUGACAAGGAGCAGGCUUCAACCUCGGCCACUCAGCAAGCGGCAAAAGCCUCAACCUCCGGCGGAAAUACAACGGAUGAGGAAGCCAAAGCUGCUGAAUUGGCGGCCAAGAAGAAUCGCCUAAAACAAAAGCUGGUAAAGAGUGCCCGUUCGGUGGCCAUAUUCUCAUUGAAGCUGAAAGAGAGGCGACAGCGCGAAGCUGAAAAGGCGGCCACGAUAGCCAUAGAGCAUGCCAAGGCUUUAGCAAAACUACCGCCUUUGCCUCAACCUGGUGGAGAACUCUCACUCAUACCCAUCGAACAGCUUAUACAAAUAGAAGACAUAAAGCCAUUGUUAAAACCUGCAACAUCCUCGAGUACUUCCGCUGCCUCGAAUAGCUCCUCUGCAGCAACAGCUUCGAAUAAUACCAACAAUACAAUGUCAACAACGACUCCAUCGGCGGCUUUGUUAGCGGCGGCGGCAGCUGCGCAUGCGCAUGCGCAACAGUCCCAACAGCAACAGAAUAAUCAACCGCCUGGAUCAUCAUCUUCAGGGGGAUAUUAAAAACAAAACAAAAAGGAGUUGAAAGUAGAUACACUUGUAAUUUUUUUUUUUUUGAAAAGAGUCAUUGUAAAUAGUCCAGGAACAUAAAGCAAAACGAAGAAAAAGAAAAUUACAAAUCAUUUUGCAAUAGACAUAUAAGUUUUAUCAACUUGAAAAUGAAAAAAGAAACCAAGCACAAAAUUUCAUAAUUUUUUUUAAAUUUAAAAAAAAAAAUCAUACUUUA